AUGAUCGCUUCUGUAGCCACUCUUCUGCCGCUUCUCGCGGCUCUGUUCUCGCUGCCGGCCGCCCGAGCUCAAGACAAGUCAGUGCAGGACUACCCACAAUGGGUCACCAAUGACUAUACCUGUGUGAUUGAUUGUCUGAAGAUCUUCAACGAGAGUGUCAAGGACCGACCCAGCCCUGCUACGGACCUCCAAGCGACUCAGUGCAUACUCAAUGGCUGCAACAAGGACACUAUGGGGAUGAAUAUCUACCAGUCGCACUACAUCAUACAGGCAAGUCUCAUUAUCUACGAAGACCCCAACAUGGGCCAGUGGGGUCAGGGGAUCCCUCCGGGACAACAACCUGCCCCUGCUCGAGACCAGAACCAACAAGGCUCUUCGUCGGCAGCGCCCCCGGCCCAAGACGGCGGCGCUCAACCCGCCUCGUCCUCUCCUCCGGCACCAGCCGCUGGGUCGCCGGCUUCUACGAUCACGCCCGGUGGCAGCGCUCAGAAGCCGUCAGGUACUGCCAGUGCCACUCCAUCGCUCUCGCCCGGCGGGAACAACAGUGGAACAGCAGGCAAUGCUGCUGGGAGGGCGAUGUCGCCGGUGGGCUUCCUGCCGGCCGCCCUUGUGGCGAUUGUAUCGGGCAUGUCCGGAGCUGUACUGCUGCCGAGUAUCUAG